AUGGCCUAUCACAAAGUGAAUGCAGACCAGAGAGCACAGGGGCACUCGCCGUACCUUGACAACGAUGAGCUCCAAGCCACAGCACUGGAACUGGAAUGGGACAUGGAAAAAGAGCUGGAGGAGCCUGGCUUUGACCAUUUCCGACUGGAUGGUGUGGUCCAGCAUCACCUGGGAAACUCGCAGAGCCCUGACCUUGAUCUCGAGCCCAUUCAGCCGUCGUCUUCUCCAAAGGGAAGAUUCCAGCGGCUUCAGGAAGACCCUGACUACAUCUCACACUACACAAGACAGGCACCAAAGAGCAACCGCUGCAGUUUUUGUCAGAUACUGAAAGUAUUUUGCAUUGCUUUGAUUUUAUUUAUAUUUGGAUUUGUGAUAGGAUAUUAUACCCGCAAGAAAUGCCCUUCUCCCCCAACGUCUCAAGAACCAAGUACCCAUCAUAUCUACCAUGAAAUUCUCAAGGAAAUCAAAGCUGAAAAUAUUAAACAGAUUUACAGAGAUUUGUUACAGUUCCCUAGAGAAGAUGAUGUAGACACUGCAAUGAAAAUUCUGGUUCAGUGGACUUCCCAAGGCCUCGAAGAUGUCCAGCUGGUAAAUUACUCUGUUUUGCUUGACCUACCAGGCUCUUCUUCAAACACAGUAACACUGAAAACAAGCAGUGAAUGCUUUUAUCCCAGUGGACAACAGUGCAACAGUGAGACCAGAACGCUACAUAGCCAAGACCUCCUGUACUCAUAUGCAGCCUACUCUGCCAAAGGAACUCUUGAGGCAGAACUGGUCGAUAUACAGUAUGGGACCGUGGACGACUUGAUCCGGAUUCAAGCCAUUACAAACGUGACCAAAAAAAUUGCACUUUUGAAGCUAGGACAAUCACCUUUGCUUUACAAG